GGCAGAUAAAUUUGGUGGACGUGGAUGCUGAUUGUGGGCACCUGUUCUGCCAUUUAAUGAGUUCGUAUUUCUGUCUUGUUUCUCCUAUAAAAGGAGGACCACAAAAGAGGACCGAGGUAGAGCAAGAAGAGAGAAGACUCGUGAGCCUUCCCGGAGACAAGGCCAUCUUACUUCGCAACAAAUUGCGUCCGCACUCCUUUCUCAAGAAACCUAGUCAUUCAAGAAGCAGAGCAUUGCAACUGCAAACAGCCAAAGCCCAAACUCGUACAGAAGGAGAGAGAGAGAGAGAAUAGAAGCAUGAGCGCAUGCACGAACCAAGCAAUCACGACGGCCAGUGAAGAUGAAGAGUUCUUGUUCGCCAUGGAAAUGAAUGCUCUGAUAGCACUCCCCUUGGUCUUGAAGGCCACCAUCGAACUGGGGAUCCUCGAAAUACUGGCCGAGUGUGGGCCUAUGGCUCCACUUUCGCCUGCUCAGAUUGCCUCCCGUCUCUCCGCAAAGAACCCGGAAGCCCCCGUAACCCUUGACCGGAUCCUCCGGUUUCUCGCCAGCUACUCCAUCCUCUCUUGCACUCUCGCCCAAGACACAGAAGGCAACCCCCUGAGGCUUUACGGUUUGGGACCCAAAAGCAAACACUUCGUCAGAGCCCAUGGCACUGCCACUUUUGCUGCCCCCUUGAUGCUUAUGCUUACCGACAAUAUCGUCACUUCUAGCUGGUACUGCUUAAAAGAAGAGAUUAUGGAAGGAGGAGACACCUUCAAACUUGCCAAUGGACUGCAUGUUUUUGAGUACACUAACAAAGACAGGAAAUUUAAUGAGAUAUUCAACAAUGCAAUGCAAGCCCCGACAAACAUGUACAUGAGUAAAAUUGUGGAAUCUUAUCAAGGCUUCAACAACGUCAAGACGGUGGUCGAUGUAGGUGGUGGCAUGGGUGCAAGCCUUAGGAUUUUGCUAUCCAAGUACCCCCACAUUCAUGGCAUAAACUUUGAUCUACCUCAUGUGGUCAAAGAGGCUCCUCCUUAUCCUGGCAUAGAACAUGUGGGAGGGGACAUGACAAACUACAUUCCUAAAGCGGACGUCAUUAUCAUGAAGUGGAUAAUUCACGGUGCAGAUGACAAGUUAUGCGUCAAGCUACUCAAAAACUGCUGGGAGGCAUUGCCAGAGAAGGGCAAGGUCGUGAUCGUGGACGCUGUCCUUCCAGAGUAUCCCGAAACAGAUAUCAUCACGAGGAACGCCCUCCUAGCGGACAUGUCCGUGCUGAAUAUCACUCCCAGCGGAAAGGAUCGGACAGAGAGAGAAUUUGAGGUCCUGGCACGUGCAUCCGGCUUCGAUGCUCCGAAACUUGUGUGUCGAGCUUACAACAUGUGGGUAGUCGAGUUACACAAAAGGAUGUGAUCUCUUCUCAUCAUAAGCAUGUAUUGAGCUUUCCCUAGGGAAUUCUCUGUAUGUUCGUGUUGGGUUUGGACACUUGAGCCAGACCCUUAACCUUGUGUGCCAUCGUAAGGAAUAAAUUAGUGCUGAUGGAAAAAUAAUUUCAUGCUUUACC